GCUGCUGGCUGGGCUGGCUCAGCCAAACCCCGUGGCGGCCGAGCCGAGAGGGACACUUGGACCAUCUCCUGACCUUUCUGAGCAAUGCAAGGGGAAAACCAGCCAUUGCUUGUCUCUGCUGAAGGAGAUGCUCAGUCCAUGGCACAAAGAGGGUGACCAAGAGAAGAGCCACAUGUAAGGAUAGAAGGGUCAGUGAUGACCCCAGCCUCCUCUCAGCUCCCCUUGUGAUCCUGGACAAGGAGAACAUGGAGAUGAAUCCCCAGAGGCAAACAGGGGCGGAGGCGCCCACCGAGCCCCUCACUCACCCGUGCCGGCCGCGGAGCCGCUCCCCACCGCGCUACUGGGUCAGAUCCAAUCCAUACCAAGCCAACCUGCUUCGAGACGGCGUGCGGAGGUACCUGCAGCUGCCGGCAGACCAGACGGUACUGAUACUGCACGCCAAAGUCGCACAGAAGUCAUAUGGCAAUGAAAAAAGGUUUUUCUGCCCCCCACCUUGUGUUUACCUGAGCGGGCCAGGAUGGAAGUUAAAACAAGAGCAGAUAAAAGCCAGGGACCUGGGAGAGGCGGGUUUUCAGGUGUGCGGGUACAUGGGGCUGGACAGCAUGGGCAGCAGCCUGAUGGAGACCCAGAAGCUCAGUUUCGAGGAGCAACCAGAUGCGAAGGGUUUCGGCUGUGCCAAGGCGCUGUACAUCUCGGAUGCAGACAAGCGCAAGCAUUUCCGCCUGGUCCUGAAGCUCUUCUUCAGCAACGGGCAGGAGAUCGGCACCUUCCACAGCAAGCUGAUCAAGGUCAUCUCCAAGCCCUCGCAGAAGAAGCAGUCACUGAAGAACACGGACCUCUGCAUCUCCUCAGGCUCCAAAGUCUCCCUCUUCAACCGCCUGCGCUCCCAGACCGUCAGCACCCGCUACCUCUCUGUCGAGGGGGGAGCCUUCAUCGCCAGCGCCAGGCAGUGGGCUGCCUUCACCCUCCACCUGGCUGAUGAGCGCUGCACCCGGAGCGAGUUCCCUCUGCGGGAAGGGUAUAUCCGCUAUGGCUCCGUGGUCCAGCUGGUCUGCACGGCCACCGGCAUCACCCUGCCUCCCCUGAUCAUCCGGAAGGUGACGAAGCAGUACGCCAUGCUGGACGUGGAUGAGCCCAUCUCCCAGCUCCACAAAUGCGCCUUCCAGUUCCAGGGCAGCGACCGCAUGUACCUGUGUCUCUCCACAGAGAAAGUGAUCCAGUUCCAGGCAUCUCCCUGCCCGAAGGAAGCCAACCGGGAGCUGCUGAAUGACGGUUCCUGCUGGACCAUCAUCGGCACUGAGACGGUGGAGUACACCUUCAGCGAGAGCCUGGCCUGCGUCCGCGAGCCUGUCAGCCCCGUGCCACUCAUCGCUGCCCUGCAGCUCACGGGUGGUGGGGACGUGGCCAUGCUGGAGGUGCAGGGGGAGUAUUUCCACGCACACCUCAAGGUCUGGUUCGGAGAUGUGGAAGCAGAGACGAUGUACAGGAGCCCCAAGUCCCUCAUGUGCGUCGUCCCAGAUGUCUCUGCCUUCGGCAGUGACUGGAGGUGGCUGCGAUACCCCAUCACGGUCCCGCUCUUGCUGAUCAGGGAUGAUGGCCUCAUCUACUCCAGUUCAUUCACGUUCACCUACACCCCGGAGCAGAGCUUCAUCCCAGGGCAGCAGGUCCUCUCAGAUGUCCCCCAGGACUCAGACAAAUUACUUGACAGCAUCCAUCAGGAGUUCACCAGGACCAACUUCCACCUCUUCAUGCAGAGCUAGCAAGCUGGGCGGGCAGAGGCUUGGCCUCGCCGCCAGCCCUGGGGAAGGGGAGCAGCCCUGAGCCCUGCCGGGGUUCCCCAUCCAGGGAAGGAUGUCAGGGUCCUCCCCACGCAUCAAACGCCCACCACGUUACUGUGAUUUGCUGACUUGUCUCUUCUUCCUGGCAGCACCUCACCCUGCUGAGGUCUCACGUGAGAGUGUCAAUAAAUCAGGCUUG